UUUCAUUGGUCAUAAACUUGUGAAUUAGCGCGGCGCGCACUUUGUCGAUGUCUUGGCGCGGCACGCGACGUGUUUAAAAAUAGCAGCUCAACAUUAUCUUCUUUCUUCGGAAAACAAAACGAGCGUUCGGCUCACUUAAAAUAACUGCCCGUCAGUGCUAUAAUAUUCUCUCACCGCGGUCUUUGAAUUGACCAAAGAUGGAGGCAGAUGGACCAAGCGUCCCAAAAGCAGACAGGUUCGGUGAGAUGGAUGAUAUUUUGGGGCAGUCAAAGGGCCCCAACAGCUUGUCGUUUGUCAGGCAUCAUCUGAAACGUCAGCGCGAGCAGCAGCAACAGGCGAGGAUGGCGCAACUCCCACUGCCCACAGAGAGCCUCAGGAAGACGGCUGCUGCCGCUGCAGCCGCUUCCUCAGCUUUAGGGUCCGUUUCGGAGAAACCAGACAAGGGAUCAAAGGAUGCCAGCACAGACUCCUUUCAGAGUGCUCACACCUUCGAGGCAGCGAACAUCAACGACAAGGAAGCGUUGGAUCUGCUGGCCCUGGAACAGCGCCGGCAGAAGGUACUAAGGUCGGCCGGAGCUUUUCGCCGUCACAUGUACAACCUGACCGAGUCCAUUGCCUUCAAUGGUUUCAUCCUAUCAGUUAUCCUGCUCAACACGGGCAUAAUGUGCGCUCUUACCUACGACAUAGUGGCAGUCCGAGUAGGUUGGCACGCUGCAGUCUUGGAUCACGUGUUUCUGGUCAUUUAUUUCAUGGAAUGCGUCCUAAAACUCUUUGUUUGGCGACUUGACUACUUCAAGGAACAAUGGAAUAUAAUUGAUUUUACCAUCGUAAUUGUCAAUAUUGCGGACUUCAGUGUGUCCACACUGGUGGGCAAUGACGUCAAUAUUCUCAACUUUAUUGGCAUCUUCAGGGCGAUGAGGGCGCUCCGAGCUCUGCGAGUACUCCGGACGGUCAGAUUUCUGAAGAGUCUUCAGGUCAUUAUGAAUACAUGUCUGCAGUCAGUACAAUCCAUGGGAGCCAUUACUAUGCUCAUUUCUCUCUUCCUGUACAUGUUUGCAGUGAUUGGCCGAGGUCUGUAUGCAGACGUGGACCCCAAACGCUUCGGUAACCUGGGCUCUGCUAUGUUCACACUGUUCCAGUUACUCACUUUGGACGACUGGUUUUACAUCUACUCGGAUGCGAUGGCCAAAGAUCCAGGUUACUUUCAUAUCAUCUUCUAUCUGUUACUCUACAUUGCCUUCGAGUAUUUCAUCUUUCUGAACUUGUUUGUGGCGGUGCUUGUGGAUAAUUUUCAACUGACACUAGAGGCGGCGGCAGCCAAAGAAGCCAUACGUAAAGAAGCAAUCAAAGCGGAAGAGGAGGAGGUAGACGAAGAUGUCAACGAUCUACUUCAGACGAGUCGCGUAUCUUCAAUAUCAUCGGAAGGAUUCUUCAAAAGCAAGAGGACAAUCGAAGAUUUUUAUGCCGAUGAUGCUUACUCGGAAAGUGACAGACUGUAUCUGGCACACUGUUUCCGCUUAUUGGCAGCCAUCGAUUACAACGGAAACCUGUCCAGGAACCAAAAAGGAACGCUGGACAAAAUAGUGGAAAUUGUUCAAGAGACGACCGAUGACGCCUGAGCAUUACGUAGCAAGUUUCCCCAUGCUUUGAACGCUAAGGAAGCUGCCAAGCACGAUACUGUGACUAGACAAGCAAUCACAGAACAUCA